AUGACCCUAUCAGCGCUUCGGCAGUCAGCUAAGCGGAGGCAGUUGCUGUCGAGGCAGCCCACAUGGGCUCCCGACAACGCUGACCCAGAUCCACCAAGGGUCGACCCAGCGAGCCCGCUGAAUCGUCCCUGCCCAUCUCUGGCUACCGCAGUAGUCUGGAAAGACGACGGGACCUGGCUUCCACCCCCCUCAGCUUUCCACGAGCCACAAGGGAUUUGCCGACCCACUGAAGCCGACAUUGCGGAGGCGACUGAGGCUCUCCUGACCCAUCAUUCAUAA